GUAGAUCUUUGGUGUAGAUUUAACGCAGCUCUGGUCUUGUGCUUUUUUUUAAUCUGUGCUCUCGAAACUACGGAUUCGGAAGUUGAGAGUUGGUGUGAGGUGUACAAUCUGAAAUGUUGAAUUCUUUGUUUUUUUCUAAUCCUGAAGUCUUGUUUUGAAGAUUGUCGAAUACCUACCUAACGUUAACUGAUUAGAAAAACGCCGCCUUAACUAUUUAUUUAUACAAAUAGUUUAGUAGCAAUGUUUUCCCGAAGAAAAAUAGUUUUAACGUGUUUAGUGAUAGUUUGCACAGUUGUUGCAGUGUGGGGUCAUUCACACUCGCAUGAAGAUGAAUCGCCAGCGUUCAAAUACUCCAAAAGUGCGAAUGAACCAUAUAAAAAGGAAAAGGCAAAAAAAACCAACGAAUCUGAUUACGAUUUAUACGUGAAAGCGUUAAGUUCGACAAUAUUUAUUAGUAUAGUGCCAUUUUUCAUACUUUUCUUUAUACCUAUUGACGGGACUGUCGAAAAGCAACCUUUGCUAAAAAUCUUAUUGUCCUUCGCGUCCGGCGGUUUGCUCGGCGAUGCAUUUCUGCACUUAAUUCCGCACGCUUUGGUGCCUUUGGAACAAGGCGCUGGGCACAGUCACAGUCAUAGUCACUCAGAUAAUAGUGAAUCACAUGGCCCACAUGAUUCUACCGUAGGACUUGGUGUACUUGGUGGAAUCAUAACAUUCCUUGUUGUUGAGAAGACAGUGCGACUAUUUGACGGAGGACAUGGUCAUUCUCAUGGUCCAGAAAAGAAAAAAGGGGAUGAUUCAAAGAAGAUUCGGAAUAAAGAAAAAAAGCAUGAAAUAAAAAUAGCUGGCUACUUGAAUCUCGCUGCUGAUUUCACUCAUAACUUUACUGAUGGAUUAGCAAUUGGAGCUUCUUUUAUUGCUGGAAAUAGUAUUGGAUAUUUAACAACUGUUACAAUUUUAUUACAUGAAAUACCUCAUGAAAUUGGUGAUUUUGCUAUUUUAGUUCAAUCAGGAUGUUCCCGUCGAAAAGCAAUGAUGCUACAACUUUUAACUGCUUUUGGAGCCAUAUCUGGAACAGUUUUGUCUAUAUACUUGCAAGGCUCUGGGGAAGGAAUAGUGUCAGCCCUCAUUUUACCUUUUACAGCUGGUGGUUUUAUUUAUAUUGCUACAGUAUCUGUCAUUCCAGAACUGUUAGAGGGAUCUAACAAGUUAUCUCAAUCUAUAAAAGAAAUUGCAGCACUGUUAGCUGGUGUUUACAUGAUGGUAAUAAUAGCACAGUAUGAAUAACUAGUAAUAUAUUUCUGUUCAUGAAUCUUCAUAAAUUCCUCUUUAAAUAUUAUCCUAGAGAUGUUAUGAAUACUGUGUACAGUUCUGUUGUAAUUGAUCUAUAGAUUGUAUUCACAUCACAGUUGAUUUCUUUUCUUAAACAUAAAUUAAGAUCACUAAUUGUACAUAUUAAAUAGGUAGAUAAUAUUUAUCUGUGACAAUGUUACAAUAAAACAUUACUACAUUUUGUUUGUGUGUACUUCAUUAAUUCUUUUUGC